AAGGCCUGAGACUGAAUCAGCGCAAAUUCAAGAUGGCUGCCGGUGUGGACAUAAAUCGCUCUAUUUCUUCCGUGUGGCAAAAAAUCCUUACCGUUGUUAAUAACGCGUUAGUUUACUUAGAUGAUCCUGCUGCCGAGUUAUUACACUGGUCUGGAAAUGUCGCAAGCGUAAUCGAAGCUGGAGCCCUAGCAAUACACGACCUUUCUUCCAGACGAGGUGGCAAUGAAUCAGAAACCAAAGCUGUAUUCAUCAUUACGACUGUCCUACAUGGCGAAACACUAGAUGAUGUGAGAGCUAUUGUCCAGGCCAGUGAUUUCCAGCAUGUUACUGUACUGUGUUCCGUCCCCGAGAAUAUAAACUCCUUUGCCAGGCGUAGCAGUGAUACCCAGGAAGAGGCUGCUUUUGGGGAACUGUCACAGAAACUUAGAGAAUGGAUGGGAAAUGAGUACUCCACUGUAGAUGUCCACCAUGUGGCCCUAUUUCCUGCUCAAGUUUACCCAGGACUCUUCAUUGCUCCAGCAUUCUAUUCAUUUUUCCCUCUCCUCCCGUCAGAUGUUCCUCGACUCCAGGGAUUUCUCCAUAGUACUGGUGAGAAAAAGGUGUUUAAUAAUCUGAGUGAGAUAGAGAUGACUUCACUUCCACAUAAUCUACAGCUGAAAAUUAAGAUGUUUGCAUCAGGACUAAGCAGCAUGUUUGAGCUUCUUGAAGUCAGUGAGGACUGCUAUGGCAUGGGAUAUCUUAGCAAGCUUAUCGCCUCUGAAUUAGCUAACAUACCAUCUGCUAGGGGGCGCAGAAAGACGGCGACUGGGCGUGCAUCCCUGGUCCUAAUGGACAGGACGCUGGACCUUGUAGGCCCAUGUGGACACUCAAGCGACACCUUGGCUGACAAGGUUAUCCAGCUAUUGCCAAGGUUACCAGGCCAUCAAAGUGAUGUCACAGUUGACAUGUCGACUCUCUGUUCUGCUGGCAGUGUGACACCUAGCAGUCUCGCCCCAGGCUGUUUGGCACAUGCACAUGACCAGUCUGUACAAGCACUGCUCAACUCCUUAUUCACCAAGAGACAAAAGGAUAGCCUGAAUGAGAUCGCACGCCAUCUCAAUGAUGCACUCUCCAAGGAGUCGGUUUCACCCAUUUCCAGAGGAUCCCCGGGAAAAGUCAACUCAGAGCAUCUUCAUAGCCUUGCACAGAAGUUCAAAGGCCAGCCAAAAGCGUUCAAGUCUUGCAGUGGCUUACUCCAGAUAGCUAUGGCAGCCGUUAGUGCGCUAAAACAUAAAAACUUAGAGCAUAUGGAAGAUCUACUUAGUAACGAAAAAGUCCUCCUUAUGAACAUGGGCGAGGAGGAGUCAGAGAGCAUCAUCGCCGAGAUCCUCGGGCUGCUGAAAACCGAGAAAGUCAAGGAGUUGUACAGCCUGGAAGACAUUCUUCUACUUGUGGGAUUCGUGUAUUCUCUACGUGGCGAUGAAUGCUACGCCUCGCCAGCAGAGGAAGAGCUACUUAAGAAGAUUUUAGUAGAUUGUCUGUUACGUGGAGAUCUGGAAUGCACCACUGAAGGAUAUCUGGGCACAGAGCCGAACGAGAGAAAUGUACGUAAAAAAAUUGCAGAUGCUUUCGAGAAGUUACGCGGGAUCGCUGAGGCUCGUAGGGAGCUUCGACAGUUCGGACGUGUUUACCAGGAAGCAACAGCGAUAAAAGAACCCUCCUACCAGCCACUAGUCAAACAGGUCAUAGAUGCUAUAUUUAGCGCUGAGAAACCCGAGCUUGUGGACGUGGAAUUCAAAUCACAUGGUAUCAAAGACUUCAUCAAGACUGGCUUCAGCUUGUUUAUGAACGUCAGUAAACCCCGCCCUAACGACCUCCCGCUUCUCGUAUUCUUUAUCAUCGGCGGAGUCACGUGCUCUGAGGUCAAGCAAAUUAAGGAAGCUGUGACGUCACAUCAUCCCAACACACAGGUGAUUAUCGGCAGCACGAGAAUUCUUAAGUCAGAAGAUGUGUUCCAACAAGUCUUCUGUCAAGACAAUCUGUUCCCGUUGCUCAGCUGAACGGUAACAUUGAAUGGUAACGCUAUAUGCAGCUUUGUCACGCAAAAUCAUGACAAGAAACUUUGUUCCCGUUUACUCAACUGAACGGUAACGCAAUCUUAUGUAACCACGUAACGCAAGACUCGUGACUCCGUGAAAGACAAUCUAUUCACGUAACGCAGCUGAACGAUUCGGAAUGAGCCAAAGACGAUGGAAUAUGCAUCUGCGUCACGCAAAUCUCUCUAGCUGAUCGCUGUCUUUUGUUGGUAAAAACAUUUUGGUGUCGCUUGUUUUUUGCCUGGUGCUGCCAUGUGCCCUCAUAAAUCUCGAAAGUUGAAUCAAGUGUAACGCAAUUCAAUUUUUUCUUGUCACCUAGUCGAGUCACGCAUUGCGAUGCGACGAUGAGUGACAGCAUUGCUUAUGUACAUUGUUUUGCGAUAUCCUUUAUUUAUAACUUAACUUUGAACAAAAUUAUAUAAAUAUUAAAUUCUUUUUUGCGGGAAAAUUUAUUUAUUUCAUUUUAGCCGAAGAAGUUUCCGAUAAAGAUUAAACUUUUAUAGUGUUUAACUGAUGUAAUUUUCUAGGUGUGAAUGUAACAUUUUAAGUGUGAUUCUCGCAUUUGUAAAUUUUAGUGACAAAUAAAUUUAUAGAGAUUGUUCA